AUGACAUUUUUAUCACAAAGCGAACAAGCUCUUAAGUUUUGUACAACAUUUAAAUGUCGCUCCUUCUCUGUGGGUAAAAGAUGGUUUGUAGUUCUAAACUUACAUAGUUAUUUACAAAGACUACAUGUAUACGGAAUUAUAUAUCUGAGAUAUUUUUUAAAAGUUUGAUAAAAAAAAAUUCGUAGAAUUUGCUCAACUCCUCAUUACAGCUACCCAUGCUGCAUCAGAUAAAUGUAUUAUGCUUGCUAAAUUUUCAUCUAAAAACUAAAAAAAAACUGAAUUUUUAAACAUUUUAUUGUUUGAUCCUUCAGCGCCUUUUGGACUGUGCAUGGAAAGCCGCCUUACAGUUCUACAACACACUGAAUCCUGAUCACCUGAAGCAUGAAAAUUGUACAAAAAUGUACACUUACUACAAAUACUCACUUAUGUGGAUACAUUCGUAGAAUUGUGAAAACUUUCCUUUUAGAUCAAUGAAAAUGUGUGGCUACAAACCUUUUUUAAAAAAGCUGUCUUGUCUGAAGUUGGGAAAAAAUCGUUAAAAAUGACAAAAUCUUCAGGUGGUCUUUGACGUAAACAAACUGUUAAUUCUCUUACCACUGUUGACAGACACAAUACGGGAAAACACCUUUUUAAAUUCGAUAUUCAUUUGAGUUCACAUAACAAUUGUAGACAUUUCUUUAUCAAACAUCAUGAAAUAUCUCUGGUAACUGACUGUUAAGUGCAUCUUUAGCGGUGAGCUUCAUUACUGUUGACUGCUACCAAGGCGACUUGUGAAAAUGUCAGCUCCAAUAUUUCCAAAAUUGAUUCCUUGCGCAACUGAUCCUCUUUGGUUUACUGUCGAUAAACCUUGCGAUGAUGAAAAUGAGCUUACUGAACUGGAGAAUGAAUACAAAUCUUGGAUUGACAGCAUCUCCAGGAAGGAUGAUCACAUUGUUCCUAUUGGAAAGACAGCCUCAGAGCAAUGUGAUGAUGAAGAUGAUGAGGAUGAUGAAGAGGGAGAAGACGAUGAUGAUGAGAGUGACACCAACGAUGAUGAACUCGCCUCUGAUAUGAUCGAUGACAGAGACUCACCUGACGAUGUGGAUAUGGAGGGGAACGGAAUGGCCAUGACCUGACGGGUUCCAACCAGUUACAUGUAUAGUAAUAGACUGCAACAUUCCCAUAAUGCUAAGUGCAAGGUAUUGUGGAAAAGCUGAUAGUAUACAAAGUCAUCCUACAGAAAUUUGUAGAGUGCUUUUCCUCAAACAAGAACCAUUUUUGUACAUGCUUGAAUGAAAACAAGUUCUAUGGAUAAAUGAAGGGCACUUAAAUGAAAGCAACAGACAGUGCAAAGUGGACUGUGUGAGAGAUAUACAUUAUAGUGUUCAGAGACCAACUAUUGGAUCAAGCGACUUCCAAUGUGUGCAUAUGUACGAUUGUUCAUACAUUUUAAUAAAUUGUUAUUUGUUAAUUGUUAAUGGUGAACUUUCAUUGUAUAAUACCUUCACUGUGGAGGAUGUUACCGCCUUACAUACUGAGAACCUUGUAUUUUGAACCCAAAUUCUGCCCAGCAAUCUUUUUUAAGUGUUUUGAAAGUCUACUUUCCAAAAAUGCCAAAGGACCUUGUGCACAAGCUAUACUAAUUGUAAUGUCAUAAAGAUGAACAAAUAUUUUUCAAAAUUAUAUACUUAUAUUUUUAUCAUAUUAAAUCAACCAAGUAUUAUUCACCUAAGUUUGAGAUUUUUAAUCUUCCUAAUAUAUUUCACUAUAUGCUAUUUGAAUGAGAGUUUAUUGAAAUAAACAUUGUUCCCCCUUGGAAAAAGCUUUUUCAUGUUUUA